UGAAAUAUUUUGAUGUUAAUUCUAUGUUUCUUUUUUUUAGGAACCACCAUACUUUUAUUCACAGUGGCAGUAUCAUUCAUAUUUCUACUAGCAAUACACAAAGGUCCCAGUUUUUCCACAUCCCAGCUAAUACUUGUUUUCUGCUUUAUUUAUUUUUUGAAAAUAAUAGUUAUCUUAAUGGGUGGGUGUGGAGUACUACCUCACUGUAGUUUUGCUUUACAUUUCCCCAGUGAUAACUGAUGUUGCACAUGUUUUCAGAUGCAUAUUAUGGUCAUUUAUAGGUCCUCUUUGGAGAAAUAUUCAUCCCAGGGCAUUUUCAAUUGAAACUUUGUCACUGUUGAGUUGUAGGAGUUCUUUAUGUAGUCUCUCAGAUAUGUGAUUUGCAAAUAUUUUCUCCCAUUCUGUGGAUUUCCUUUUUACUAUGUUGACUGUGCUCCUUGAUGCACAAAAGUUUUUACUUUUGAUUAAGUGUGGUGUAUCUAUUUUUUUCAGUUUUCUGUGGUUUUGAUAUCACACACAAGAAAUCAUUGAUACUGGAAAUCCAAGUUAGGCAGAACAUAUACCAGAAAAGAUAGCCCCUGGUCAGAAUAUCGGGUCAUAAAUAAAGUCUGUUCUACUCCCUCCAAUUCAGGGAAGGGAAGUGGAAACUGAACUGCCACCUCCUCCAGACCAAGACCAUGUUUUUGAGGCAAAUGGGUAGGGAAAGGACAAGCAAAACACUAUGGAAUCUCUUACCAUUUUGAAUGUGCCUUAUUUUUUUUCUACUGGAUGUUUGCUUGGUUGCUGUAGACCUUUGACUAUUUUCUAGAGCUUCUAUAAGAUAAUUUUAGCCAGUUUUUCCAUUUUUAAAUGUCUCCUAAGAGAGAAGGACUUAGAACUUCAUAGUGUGCCAUUUUGCGCAAUUGUCUAGAUUUGUAAUCCUGGCUCUAUGAUUUAUGCACUCAGCCUUUGUGAGACUGAUUUAUCUCAUUUACAUAUAUAUGGGUACUAUAAUCUCUAACUUGCAGGUUCUUAUAAGCGUCAGUGAGAUCAGAUAUUUAAGGCAGGUAUCACAGGUCUUGGAAUACUGUCAGCCCCCUAUUAUGAUAACAAUUUCUUGAAUUUUAUUUUUACUAUUGAAGAAAAAUGAUGGAGAUGAUAAGAUACUAUGCUUCAUCACUAACACCAUUACGGAUUUGGGGGAAUGAUGGAGGAAGCCUUUUGUAGUUCACUACUGCUAGGUUACAUGUUGUCUCAUAGAAACGCAAAAGUCUCAUCAAUCCUAAAUUUAUGGGUGCUUGGAUAACUGAGGCAGAGAAUGUAACCUUAUUUCUGUUAGGAGGCUCUUCUAGGUUGGCAGUUGCCAUGGAAUCUGGACCCAACAUGUUGGCUCCCAUUUGCCUGGUGGAAAACAACAAUGAACAGCUGUCAGUGAACCAGCAAGCUAUACAGAUUCUUGACCAGAUUUCUCAGCCAGUGGUGGUGGUGGCCAUUGUUGGACUGUACCGUACAGGCAAAUCCUACUUGAUGAAUCGUUUGGCAGGACAGAAUCAUGGCUUCCCUUUGGGAUCCACGGUGCAGUCUGAAACCAAGGGCAUCUGGAUGUGGUGUGUGCCCCACCCCUUCAAGCGAAACCACACCCUGGUCCUUCUGGACACGGAGGGUCUGGGUGAUGUGGAAAAGGGUGACCCUAAGAAUGACUCCUGGAUUUUUGCUCUGGCCAUUCUCCUGUGCAGCACUUUUGUGUAUAACAGCAUGAGCACCAUCAAUCACCAGGCCCUGGAGCAGCUGCAUUAUGUGACAGAGCUCACAGAACUAAUUAAGUCGAAGUCAUCCCCAAGUUCAGAUGAAGCAGAAGAUUCCACAGAGUUUGUGAGUUUCUUUCCGGACUUUAUUUGGACUGUACGGGAUUUCACCCUGGAACUAAAGUUGAAUGGUUGCCCUAUCACAGCAGAUCAGUACCUGGAGAAUGCCUUAAAGCUGAUUCAAGGUAGGAAUCCCAGAGUCCAAAUGUCCAAUUUGCCCAGAGAAUGCAUCAGGCAUUUCUUUCCAAGACGGAAGUGUUUUGUCUUUGACCGGCCAACAAAUGAUAAAGACCUUCUAGCCAAUAUUGAGAAGGUGUCAGAAAAGCAACUGGAUCCUAAAUUCCAGGCGCAAGCAAACAUUUUCUGUUCUUACAUCUUCAUGCAUGCAAGGACCAAGACCCUCAAAGAGGGAAUCACGAUCACUGGGAAUCGGCUAGGGAUUUUGGUGGUGACCUAUGUAGACACCAUCAACAGCGGAGCAGUGCCUUGUCUGGAGAAUGCAGUGACAACUCUGGCCCAGCGGGAGAACUCAGCAGCUGUGCAGAGGGCAGCUGACCAUUACAGCCAGCAGAUGGCCCAGCGAGUAAGGUUCCCCACAGACACGCUCCAGGAGCUGCUGGACGUGCACACGGCCUGUGAGAGGGAAGCCAUUGCAAUCUUCAUGGAGCACUCCUUCAAGGAUGAAAACCAGGAAUUCCAGAAGAUGCUCGUGAAAAUCAUAGUGAGUAAGAAGGAAGAUUUCUUGAAGCAGAAUGAAGAGUCAUCUCUUCAGUACUGCCAGGCUAAACUCAAUGAGCUCUCAAAGGCCCUAAUGGAAAGUAUUUCAGCAGGAAGUUUCUCUGUUCCUGGAGGGUACAAGCUCUACAUGGACAAAAAGGAAAAGAUUGAACAGGACUAUUGGCAAGUGCCCAGGAAAGGAGUAAAGGCAAGAGAGGUCUUCCAGAUAUUUUUGCAGUCUCAGGCGGCAAUAGAGAAAUCCAUCCUGCAGGCAGAUAAAGCCCUUACUGAUCGGGAAAAGGAAGCAGCAGUGGAGCGGGCCAAGAAGGAGGCAGCUGAGAAGGAACAGGAGCUUUUAAAACAGAAAUUACAAGAGCAGCAGCAACAGAUGGAGGCUCAAGAGAAGACUCUUAAGGAAAACAUAGCCCAACUGAAAGAGAAGCUGGAGAAGGAAAGAGAAAACAUACUGAGAGAGCAGAAUAUGAUGUUGGAGCAUAAACUGCAGGCCCAAAAGGAUUUGCUUGAAGAAGGAUUUAAGAAGAAAUCUGAGGAGAUGAAUGCAGAGAUAAAUCAAUUAAAAAAUAAGAUUGAUACUACAAAAAGUGGUAAUAGACCCUGGAUUGUACAAGCCUUGGAUAGACUUGGCAAUGCAAUAGUUUCUUCAGUAUUUUCUGAGGAUGGUAAAUUACUUGAUCAGAUUGUCAAAGGCAUAAGUUCACUAUUUAAAAAGAAUUCUAAAUAAAAUAUUGUAGAUUGUGGAUACAUACUUUGACAUAUUUUUGGUCUGUAUGUUUUCCAUUUUUAUUCAGCAACAUUUUAAAUAUAAAAAGUACUUACUGAAGGAUAUUAGUGCCUGGCCCACAUGAGAUAGAAGGGAUGCAUGCACACUGAAUAACCAUGUUCACUUUUAGGAAAUAUAAAUUUGCAAAACCAUUUACAAAUAGUGGGUCCACUAAGGCAUUGCUUUUAAUGGUAAAAUAUUGGGAAGUAUGUGAAUGUCCUUCAUGUAAGAUUGGUAAUACAAAUUUUAGUUUGUACAAAUACUGAAAUAUUAUAUAACCAGUACAAAAAUUGUCAGUGGAGUUCUAUUUUGACUACUAAAGAAUAGUCUUGAAGAUAAAUUAUAAAGUGAAAAAGGAAGCAAGAUGCAAAGCAGUGUGGAUUAUCUUAUCACCAAGGUAAAAUGCAAUUAUUAUGUGCAAACAUGCAAAUAUACACAUAAAAUAUCUCUAGAGGGAUUACGGAAAAUCUGCUAUUAUUGGCUCCUUCUGGGACAAAUCAGAUGGAAUUAGGGAUUGAAGGGACACAUACUUUUCAUUGUAUAUUCUAUCUUUUGAAUUUUGUAAGGCAAGCUCAUUUUUCAAUAAUAUUUUACCU